CCGAGAUCGGGACAAAGACGGGAGAAAAGUCGAUGUUUUAGUUGUUUCAGACUGUGUAGUUAAUAUUCGUGUCGCAGUCUUGCGUAACGUAUGAUGCAAGGGUUAACGUGAAACCGUUAUUCAAGGAAUUUUCACUGUUUUCGUGAAACUGCCUUGUCAAAGUGACGACGUUUUCUCGACCAUUUUCAGUAGAAAGCCAAUGUUGGUGUAAAAUUGAAUUAACUUUUUUUUUCUGUCUGCAUGGAGUAUGUCUUUUGACUAUUCCACUUCCACCAGGUAUUGGGAUGACCACUAUUACGACCCAAGAGAGGAAGAGAGUGGGCCGUCUGUGGUCCUGAUUGUCGGCCUCACGAUGGCCUUUGUUGGAGCAGCCAUCUUGAUUACAAUCAUCUGCUGCGUCUGCCGCAAGAAGCAGCCACCGGACUCACAGGGGGCGCUCUAUACGCGAGCCGCAAUGUCUGAAGCGGCCAAUGAGGAAGCAGCAUAUCCCAUGACGGCAACGACAGACACGCAGUCGACUCAAGCAACAACCAUCCACAACCAGACUGCACCAAAUCAUGGAGGUCAGGUUUCUCUUUAUCAUCAACAACAACAGCAGCAGCAGCAGCAGCAGCAGCAACAACAACAACAACAGCAGCCUCAUCCAGGUUACCCCGGGCACCAGUUGAAUCACCCCAUGCCGCACCCGAUAUACCCGGGCUACUUACUUCAACAGCCAGUGCACACGAUGUCUCCCCCCAACAUCUACCCUGUCCCUCCGUGCGAGAAGCCCGUCACCCUGGCUGUGUUUGGUGCACCCGACUCGGGGUCAGGCGAGCAGUCAAUGGGCCCCGUACAGCAGGGCCAGGGAACCAUGGGCAGGCAGGGCUACCCCCCCAUGGGACCCGACAGUGCUCAGAUGAACGAUCAAAAUGAGUCAUACCGACAACAGGCCACAGCACCUCCCAUGUAGAGAAAGCCGUUGCAUUGCAUGAUUAUGUUUUUGUAUUUUUUUUGUUAUUAUUGAUGGCUUAUUUAUUUUUUCAUCAGUACGUUGAAUUGCUGUCCGUGUAUUCGACAAGGCUGACAUGUGAUCCAGGUUGGUUUCAGUCCCAGGACGAGGAAUGUCGCUAGUCUUUGUAAAUCCAGGAUGACCAUCAAAAGUAAUCCUCCUAUGAAAAAGCAUACUCAUUAUAGUAAUAUCAAGUUUUCGACAAGUGUUGUUUAUUUUGUCCAGUUUAGUGUCAAAUCAAAACAAAAACCAUUUUCCAAUUUAACUUGUUACUUUAAUUAACAUAAAUAUUUAUUGGUGAAAUCAGAUGUUUUAAUUUUUAACAUCCAUUUGCAACCGUCCCAUACUUUUUAAAAUGGGCCAUUUGUAAAAAUAAUUAAAAAGAAAUCAUUGUGUGUAGAUCGAUUAAAUCUAUACAUACUUAUCACAGUGUCCUGUUUCGUUGAUGAAGAAGGCAUUCUUAUUCCAUUGCAAUACUUGGCUAUCAUUAGGUUAAAGCUAUUGUUACGUAAAACAAAUACACGCUGUUUUGUAAAAAAGUAUCUGAAAGUAAAAUGGGGAAAACUUUAGAUGGAGGAUGGAUUUUGAUUGUUUAACCUGGACAAGAGAAUCAACCAGAAAGCUUUUAAAAGCUGGUGUAUAUAUGUAUUCCAGUGUCUAUUCUUAUACCCUGUUUAAACUAAUAAUCAUUUUCAGUCCUACUCCUUUCGUUAAAGUUAACGUUUGUUUUGUUUAAUGAUACCACUAGAGCACAUUAAUUUAUGAAUCACUAAAUAAUUUUCAAUAAAGCGUAAAACUUUUCAUUUGUAAAGACAUUAAUUAUAUUUGCACUGGUAAACUCCAAACAUAAAAUAUGUGUUGUUAAAAUUUCGACAAGUAAUGUGUUGUGAUCUUGUACACCUUAUUAAGACCAUAUUUACUGCUGCAUGCUGGGAAAGUUUUGAUGUAGUUUGUAAAAAUUGCCUUAAGCUGGAUGGAGUUUGAAUUGAGGAAGGGUGGGAUGGAACUCUUUGAGAAGGCCGGAAUUAGAAUAAGUGUGCUAUUCAUUUAUUUCGCUGGAUAAAGUGCUCGUUUUUAACUGACAUUUGUAAACUUGGAUUUUGUUAUCAGAUUCGAAAGUUUGUGACCAAAGAUUACUUUAAAUAACACAUUUUAGAUGUAUAUGCACAUUUAUUAUUAGUGUUUUAUAACCAAAGAUUUUCUCACCAGGCAUUUUUCAUAUUCAGUUUAGAUGUAUGAUGUUUUGCUUUGUUAGUACAUAUACUUAAUUUGUGAAAUAUAGCAAUAAUCAUUUCUUGCUUCAGAAAGGCAUCAUGUUACUUUUGUGUGAAAGAAGAGCAUAAUGGACGCUAAUGUCUGUGAAAUUAUGUGCAAUAUUUAUAUGUAGAGUAUCUUCAGAAUGACAUCUGGCCUUUUCUUAAAAAAGGUUUUGACUAGACAUGUAAUCUGUUUGCGAAUAGAGUCCGAUUCAUAGUAAAAUAAAUACAUCUGUUUCUAUAGGAAGUAACAACCCCAGCUAGUAAGAAAAUGUCCACGGCAAAACGCAUGACUUGAAAUGAUCCACAGCAAAAAAAAAAGGGCUGUGAAGAAUGAUAAACUCCAUGACAUUGCGGAUUGCCGUGGUCAGUUGCAGGGAUUGAAGUAACUAAAACAGUAGUCAUUGUAUAUAAUGCUACUAAUUUGAUCACAAACUGCUGCCUUCAAAACCACUGAAUGGUGUAUGCCAUUGAUAUUUUACUAUUUGAGGCAGGGAUUUGGUUUUGGUCCACUACUUAAGUCGCUUGUAUGACCUGUAUGUAGAGGUUUGUUUUCAUCUAGUUAGAUCCAUUCUAUUAUAAAACCACAUCACUGUGUGUGAUUGCUAUUUGAAUGUUUUUGUUUGUCGCUGCGUAGAUGGAUGGAUUUUGAAAUGUGUGUGUGUCACUGUGCUGCUGAACUCAGUGUGUGUUAUUGCCUUCCGUGUUUAAAGCUAUGCUUACAUAUAUACACGGAUACAGAUUUGAUCAUGCAGCAAAUGAAAAAUGGAUCUGAUAAUCGGACGUAGUGCUGGCAUAUGUAUGGUUAUAAAUUCAAUACACAUUUGGCAAAAGGUCUUCCAAACAUAAUCUGGCUACUGUUUCCAUGUGCUGAUUUGGACAGUAGUUAACCAUUGGUAUUGUAUCUAUCCGUGUAUAUGUGACCAGUAGUUAACCAUUUGUAUUGUAUCUAUCCGUGUAUAUGUGACCAGUAGUUAACCAUUUGUAUUGUAUCUAUCCGUGUAUAUGUGAACCGAGUUUAGCCCUUCGACAUCUACUGACUGACAUAAUAGGAUUUUAAUUUCAUCAGCAUUAUAUUAUUAUUAUUAUUUUUUAAUAACUAUGAUAAUUAAAAUAGAUCUUUGUAGUAAUAUGUGUUUUAUGACUUUGGGACAUUCAGAUUUGUACUGUGUGACCAUUGUAUAGUCUUCCUCUUUUGUGCGCAAAAGUGAUUUUGAACUUGCUGAUAGAUUAAAACAAGCUUAACCUGUGUAAGAUCAUUGAUCAGUACCAAACAGAUGUAAGCCAUCUGUUAACUGUUUUAUUUUCACAGAGUUGUGGUACUUUAUCUCAUGUUUAGUCCCUUACCGGUCCAAUUACAGGGGACUAUAGGUUGUCUGACAUCUGUCUUUUUGAGUUUUCCAGACUUUUUUUUCUUUUUGCAAUGCCUCAAGAUAUUGAGAUGAAAUUUGGUGUAUAGCUUUAUUAUAUAGAGUUACUAAUGAAUCAGGUUAGCCGUACAUGAAGAAUGACCCUUUUUUGACUAAAUUACGGUUCUUGAAGUUAGGAAAUACGAGGUUUUGUUGGGCCCAAUGGGGAACAUGUAUUUUUUAUCUUUACAGUACUGUUAGAAUGCUCAAAGGCUGUAAUUGUUGUGAGGUGCCUUCCUUUUGUUGUUCUCUCAAAUGACAUUGUAGAUAAGUAACAUCUUUUUAUGAUCAAAGUCUUGAUUGUGAAGAUAAAAUGAGGCCAGGAUUUUCAAGAUGGAAAGAAAAAUAGAGAAUGGAUAGCCAUGUCCAUUUAAAAUGAGAGAAACACAAAUCUAAUUAAAAUUAGCUCCACUAUUACAUGUGGAUCUAACACCAGCCAGUUGGAG